CAAGCGUAAGCGCCUGGUUUCCUGUGUUUCUGCCUACUUCCUGCUUCUGUCUCAGAGUGGACUCUGUUGUUUCAAGAACAGUUCUUGAGCUCAGAUCACAUUUUGCUGAAAAAGGCAAGCAAACCUUGGCCUUGGCCCCAUGAUUUCGUACGUCUCCGAAGCUUUCCACUGGCUUUGCCGUUUGCUUUCUCAAGGAGAUUACUAUGUGUUCUCCCCAAAGGGCGAGACAGGGAACUUGCAGGAUUGUGUGGCCCAGCAAGAUAGAAAAUGUGGCCAUUCCUCUUGCCUGCUGUCCUCCCAGUCGGUGGAGAAAGAAGAAUAUGUACUGGUUUCAGAGGUUUCCCCAAGCCUGCCUCUUCAGAACCCUACAAAAGAGCUGUCAGGAGGUCUGAUGGAAAAAGAACUCACUCCAAGGAGACUGAGGCUCAUUCUGGUGGGGAAAACAGGAAGUGGGAAAAGUGCAACAGGAAACACUAUCCUUGGCAGGGAAGUAUUUGAGUCUAAGCUCAGUGCCAAGCCAGUGACCACGGCCUUCCAGAGAGAAAGGCGAGAGUGGGGUGGGAAGGAACUUGAGGUGAUUGACACCCCAGAUAUUCUGUCCUCUCAGGUCCAGCAGGAAGUGGCGGCUAAAGCACUCUGCCAGGCCAUAGCCUUCUCUUUCCCGGGGCUCCAUGCUGUGCUCCUGGUGACACAGCUCGGUCGCUUCACAAAAGAGGAUCAACAGGCUGUUAGGCGUCUCCAGGAGAUCUUUGGAGUGGGGGUCCUGGCUUACACUGUCCUGGUGUUCACCCGGAAGGAAGAUCUGGCCGGCGAGCCCUUGGAUAAAUACGUGCGGGAGACCGACAACCAGAGCCUUGCCAAGCUGGAUGUGCUGUGUGAGCGGCGCCACUGUGCCUUCAACAACAGGGCAAACAGGGUGGAGAAGGAGGCCCAGCUGCAGGAACUCAUGAAUAAGAUCGAAUGUAUCCAGUGGGAAAAUGAAGGUUGCUGCUACAGCGCAGGAGCUUACCCAUACUCCCAGCAGCAGGUUCUGUGCCAAGAAGCCUGGGGAACACAGAUGACCUGAGCAGGAUUCUGGGGAGGUGCUCAACAAGGAUCUUGGCUGGAAGUCCUGUCCUAAAUCCAGAAGGGAUCUGAGAAGAUUUACAAACGCCUCCUGGGGAGGCUGUCUAUCUGAGUCCAUGUUUGUGAACUCCUGCAUCCCCAUGUCCAGCCCCCAUUGCUGGCUUUCUCCAUACUCCUGGAGAACUGCCCAGGCUCCAAGUCUUGGAGGUGUGGCAGAUGGGUGGGGCCCUCAACCCAGGUGCCUGCUCUUCAUUACCAGCUCUUCAGUGCUUCUUCCAGGGCACUGGGCUCUCUUUCUGCUGUACCAAACAGCUUACUGUCCUCAUAUGGGGCCUUCUUUCUCACCGGCAUUACAGUUCUUGGGGUUUGUGUCUAUGCUUACAUAGAGCCAAAGCUUCCUGAGGGCAAGCCUGUCACUCUGUCCAUGUAACACCUGCAACUGCCUGGGCUUCCGUCAGUGGGUCAGUGUUGAUGCAAGUUUCUGUGAGCCAUUGACCCUAUGGCUUCAUAUCUCUUGGGCUUUAUUCUCACCCAUAAAGCGGGAAGGCAUGAUGACUGUUAGGGUACUUGCUGUGGGUGGUGUGUAGAACAUGGCAAUGAGAUAGAAUAGGAAGACCCAGACCCCUUCCCCUCAGAAUUUUCUUCCUCCAUGUGUGCUGUUUUAAUAGGUCAUGUCCUUGAAGAUAACUAGGUUGCAACCACACUUUUACUAUGCUGGGGAAACUCCCCUGCAACCAUGGCAUAUGCAGAAUGGCUGAUUCUCACUGGAUAUGGCCUUCCUGGGGUGGCAGUAAUGAGCAUCAUUUUUUGUGAGCUGAGGCAGACCCAGUGUACCUGAAAAGAUCACUGUGUCAAGGCUAAAUUUGGGUGCUGAGACCCAAAGACAGGACAUGUGCAGAAUUCACGAGUCAGGUGCAACAGAUGCCAAAAAUAUCUGUGCAAGAGAGAAGCUGGAGUAUACACUAUGUAUAAGACCUCCACAGGGAGCCGCUCUGCAACACUUACCUGUGUGCUGUCUCACUUGUGUUUGAGCAUAAGCCCUGAAUAAAGCCUCAUUUGGUCAGUA